AAUGACUGCAGUUAUCCGUGGAGAUCCCCAUUUUCCUAAAUCAUCUGUUUUUAGGCUAAGUAUUUGUUUUGUAUAUUCGGAUUUUAUAAGCUAUCCAAAGUGGCCAAAGUUUUGCAGCAUUUUAUUUAAGGUUUUAUUAUCGUCGACGUCUGGCCUACCUCAUAGGUAAUCAAAUGUUGGGAGAAAAGGCACAAGGCGUCCCUUUGAAAGUAAUGGACUACACCUAUGAUGCCGAUUUGGAAGAAUUGUGUCCUGUUUGUGGAGAUAAGGUCUCAGGAUACCACUAUGGACUCCUUACAUGUGAAAGUUGUAAGGGCUUCUUCAAGAGGACAGUCCAGAACAAUAAGAGGUACACUUGUGCAGAAAACCAGGAGUGUAAAAUAGACAAAACACAGCGGAAGAGAUGUCCCUUCUGCCGAUUCCAGAAAUGCCUCAAUGUUGGCAUGAGAUUAGAAGCGGUGCGUGCAGACCGCAUGCGUGGGGGCAGGAAUAAGUUUGGCCCCAUGUACAAGCGGGACAGAGCCAUGAAGCAGCAGAAGAAGGCUUUGAUCCGUUCCACAGGCUUCAAGCUGGAUUCUGCUCCUCUACAGCUCUCGCCUGUACAGACUAACUAUGGCUUCACCGGAACCCUGCACAGCCUCCCCUCCCUCCCCAAAGGCCUUAUGCCCUCCAUCCCAGCCUCCAUCAACCCCACAGACUACGAGGCCAGCCUCUACGGACCCCCCUCCUUGGGGGUGGCCAUGCAACCCCAUGGGCUCCUGCCCACCCAGUACCAGUACACAGCAUUCCCCAGCAGGGCCAUCAAGUCUGAGUACCCUGACCCUUACACAAGCUCCCCAGAGUCUCUGGUGGGGUACCCCUUACCGGACGGGUACCCCUCCGGUGUCUCCCCGCAGCUUCCCAGCCAGCACCCCCUCGUGCUGGAGCUGCUGCGCUGCGACCCAGAUGAGAUGCAGAUGCAGAGUAAGAUCAUGGCCUUCCUGCAGCAGGAGCAGAGUGGCCGGGGCCGACAGGAAAAGCUGAGCACCUUCAGCCUCAUGUGUCGCAUGGCCGACCAGACUCUGUUCUCCAUAGUGGAGUGGGCCAGGAGCUGCAUCUUCUUCAAGGAGCUCAAGGUGGGGGAUCAGAUGAAGCUUCUUCACAACUGUUGGUCUGAGCUGCUGGUUCUGGACCAUGUCUUCAGACAAGUGCAGCACGGGAAGGAGAGCAGCCUGUUGCUGGUUACUGGACAGGAGAUGGAUCUGUCAUCCAUGGGGUCCCAGGCGGGGGUGACUCUUUCAGGCCUGGUCCAAAGAGGACAGGUGCUGGCUGGGAGGCUGCUGACCCUGCAGGUGGACAGGAGAGAGGUUGCCUGCCUUAAGUUCCUCCUUCUCUUCAAUCCCAAUGUAAAGCUGUUGGAGAAUCAAGCAUUUGUGGAGAGUGUUCAGGAGCAGGUGAAUGGGGCUCUGCUGGAAUACACUCUGUGCACCUACCCCCUAUACCUGGACAAGUUCAGCCAGCUGGUGAUGCGUCUGCCAGAGCUGCGAGCCCUCAGCACACAGGCAGAGGACUACCUGUGCUACAAACACCUGAGUGGGGAGGUGCCCUGCAACAACCUGCUCAUCGAGAUGCUGCUUGCCAAGAGGGCCUCUGUAUGAGCACCACGCUACCAUCACUAUACACCAACAGACUGUCUGUGGGACUGACGGUGUGGAAGCCAGACAGGGUUUACGAUUACAGCCCAGAGAGAAUGAUGUGUGUGUUUCUGUGUGUGCGUGUGCAUGCGUGCGUGCGUGAGCAGCCCCUCUGUCCCAGGUGUGUGUAAACAGAAUAUGGACUUGUGUUUUUGGGAGUUCUUUAAAUGUACAUAGAUAACAUUUACAAAGGAAGCUUUGUUAUGAUACUGUACGUAAAUGUAACUUUCACCUUUUGUUGAAUUCAGCAGAGUGAGGUGUUAUAUCAGAGCUAGUGGAGAUAUUUCAGAUUCUUCAGAUGAAAGAGGCACUAGAACACCCGUCAUUCAGAAUUGUCCUAGCCUUUCAAAUAUAGUGUAAACACUACAUUUAUUUGAGCACUUGUUCCUUUGUAAAUUGUCACUUUACCACAAAAAAUAGUUCUGUGAAAAAUAAGUUAUGUUCAAUAUAUAUUUUUUUUCUAUUAGAUAUUGAUAUUCUAAUAUAUUAACUACACGUGUUUACAAGAAUCACAUAAGCACACUCAUAUUCAGUUUAACUCUAGAGUCGAUGUCUUUGCCCCUGCGGAAAUCAAAUUAGCAUAAUACAACAAUCGACAUAAAUACCUGUCAGUUUAAGCUAGAGAUAUAUUUUUUGUUGUUUCAUUGGAUGCGUCUCAAUCCAUCGCAUCCCCCGAUGUCGCACUGCUGCAUCUGCGGUGGAAGGUGACAGAGCUAGAGCGAUGUUUGUCAGACCAUGAGACAUCCCGAAAAUCAGUCUUCUCACAAAAUCACCAUUAUGGAAAGAUGAGACUCUCACAAACACAAACAUGUCGGUUGGUCUGCUCUAGGACACCCACAGGCCUCACAAGACAUGUCUGAAGGUCCCCCGGUACCAGUUGAAAAAAUGUAUGGAAUAUAUGGAGACUGUUUAGUGCCAAAAAUAAGGGGUUAAAUACAUGUAAAAUUUUUUAUAAUAAUUCCUGAUCUUUCUUAUAUCUCUCAGAUGUAGGACAGACACUUCAGAACACUUUUUUUUUGUGGGGGACUAUCUGUUGUUCCAUGUAGUAAAUCUAUUACUCAAUGCUUUUAAGGCCAAAAAUAGCAGUAAGGCCAAAAAUAUUUUGUUCAUCAAAUAAUUGUUAAAUAUUUUUGUUGUGGAUAAUUCAAGGGGUCUUAAACUUCAAAAUCAAAUAGCUAAAUUAUCCUUGGUAUGACCUUCUUAAAACAAUUCCAUAUAACUUAGUAGAACACCCCGGGUGGGUUAAAGACAGUCUGUUACUCCAAUGAGAUAUUUGCUUAAAGUGAUAGAAAGAGAGAGAGAAACAGUGAAGAUGGAAAAUGUGGCACUGAUGUGUGGGACAGAAUGAAAGGAAGCCAUCUUUGUCUGCAGCAAUUUCUUAUUAACAAAUGACUGGAGGAGAGGCCCCAGAAAGAGAAGCCCACAUGUGAGGACAGAAAAAGGAACAACAAAGAAAGAAAUCUCUUAUUAAGUAGACAUGUUAAACAUGAAGCUUUACGGUGUAAAUCCUCUUCUUACCAAAGAGCUGUCUACCCUGGCAACAGAGCCAGGUCAAGGAUAGGGGGUCGUGCACUGUGGAUGUUCUCCAGUCCUUUUGUAGUCACAGAAUGAAUGAAAACAUGCAAUUGGCGAUGUAUGCAAUGUUUGCUUUCCAAGGUAAACGUGAAGGAGAUAUAGGGAAAUCCAAUUGUAUUGAAGUGUAAAGAGAAUAUAGACCAAUCGUACUUGAGAAAUGGCAGUUGAAGUGCAAAACAACAAGUAUCAGAAUUGCAAGGAAUGAGGAACAACAUCAACAACAACAUGUAACACGCACAUAUCUGUAAUUUCAGCACAUAGUGAAGCAACAUGUUUGAAUUGGUCCCUCAUAAAGACAUGGCAGGGUUGGCUCUUUUAACUUCUUCUAGACAAUCAUAACACUUGCCUUAAGAUAACCCUGGCCUGUCUGUGAAUAUAUGGACCAUGGUUUAGUAACUGAUAUGAAUGUCAUUUGUACCUCUCCGCUGUAGUACAUUUGAAUUGGGAAACAUGAGAAGAUUAACACAGUGAGCUAUACCAAGCUCAGAUCUUUCAACAAACAGACGUCUCUGUUUUUAAUUGGUUCUCUUGAUGUUGCUUUUGCUUCUAUUGUGUUUCACCAUAUUCUGUGAGGUCCCAGUCUUAGUUGUUUUUGGUGAUGAGAUCUGUUUAUAGUCCUCAUUCUCAAACUGUCUGUGCUGGUCCACUUUGUUUCCUCUCUCAGCAAUUUGAAUGCUUUUCAAACAGAAACAAUCAAAAUGUUUUUUUUUUUCUUGAAAUAUAUUUUAAUGUAAUAGCAUCAAACCAAUAAAUGCAAUUAAGUAAAGCUCUA